UGUAUCUAGCAAGCAAGAAAAAAAAAAUACAGACGGCAAAAGAAGCAGGGUCAAACGUAGGUUCUAGUUUAGUUACUGCCUGUUAAGAUCACAUGCAUUACCAAGACGUAAUGAAACGUACCCCCACGGCAUCAAAGCGUAAUGCGCGGCGAGGCAAUCUCACGUCCAAUCUAGAGACUCGAGCUUCCAGUAGCCUGUGUGGUCCCAGGAGGGGUGAGACAUGCCUCCUCGCUCAGCCUCUCGCCGCUCUCCAUCCAUGGCGCAUCUCCAGCUCUGAAGCCACUUCGGCUCUGGACACCGGCGGCAGCGCUCGAUCCCUCCGCCUCAUUCAAACACUCAAACACGCACACGCACACACACACUUUUACAAAUGCAGAGUACGAGACUGGUCGGCCGGAGAAAUCCUAUCUGAUCGAGUGCGUUGAUGCGUGAGGGAUGUAGAGCCAGAGGGGGGGGCAGGAUGGAGUGUUCCUGGAAGACGGUGCUGCUGCUGGUGUGCGCUUCCCUAGGGGUCCAGUACACGGCCAUCCGCACCCUAAGGGACUCGCUGUCUGGGCCCUGUCAGGGAGCUUACCGCUGCCAGACCAGACAUCACAGAGACUCCAGGUGGCGAGCCUUGUGUGACGACAGCUGGAUGCCUGUCGAGUCGCCUCGGAAACACAUCCUGCUGUUUGCCACCACCCGCAGUGGCUCCUCCUUCACCGGGCAGCUUCUCAACCAGCACCCAGGGAUCUUUUACGUGUUUGAGCCGCUCUACCACGUCCAGCAGGCCUUCACCAACUCUAGCAGCAGGCUGCGUCGCACCCUGGACCGUCGGGCCCUGCUCGGAGCAUACAGGGACCUCCUCCUCAAUCUGUACACCUGCGAUCUUCACUUCAUGGAGAAUUACAUCCGACCAGAGCCCCAGGACCACAUCACAAGUUCCUUCUUCCGCCGAAGCUCCAGCCACGCCCUGUGUUCCCCUCCUGUGUGCUUGGAAGGAGGGGAUGCGGCGGCCUCCGAUCCACCUGAUGAAACCUGGUGUCCUAAGAAGUGUGGGGCCCUGAACCUGACUUUAGCUUCCAUGUCAUGUCUGUCAAGAGGACACGUAGCCAUAAAGACUGUGCGGGUCCCUGAGGUUGGGGACCUGCGCACCCUGACUGAAGAUCCACGUCUGGACCUGAAGAUCAUCCACCUGGUGAGGGACCCCAGAGCGAUCCUCGCCUCACGCAUGAUGGCAUUUUCAGACCAGUUCCGUGCUUGGAAAAUAUGGAACGCAACUGGACGGCAGCCCAGGUACGUGGACCUGUCGCAGAUUACCAGCACCUGUAAGGACAUGGUGGCCUCAGCGGAGACAGGCCUGCAGAGACCCGCGUGGCUGCGGGGACGCUACUUGCUGGUGCGGUAUGAGGACCUGGCGUUGAAUCCAAAGGACAAGGCCACUGAGAUCUACAGGUUCGUGGGGCUGGAGAUGGAGGACAGGGUGCAGAUGUGGAUCUCAAAGAACACCAACAGUAACACGUCAUCUCCGUCUGAGUGGAACUACAGAUACUCCACCACCAGAGACUCCAGAGCGACAGCGGAGAGCUGGAGGCUUCGGCUCGGCUUCGAGAUUGUGAGGACUGUGCAAAACCUGUGUAAUGACACCCUGGCUCUGCUGGGAUACAAGCAGGUUCACUCUGCAGCUCAGCUCAGAAACUUGUCCCAUAGUUUAGUGGAACACAGGACAUUUCAACCAGUCACAUGGUAGAUUUGAUCAAAGGUUUAAAAGAUAUCUUAUUGUUACUUAUUUAUUUAUGUAUUUAUUUUCUCUGUCAUGAUGCUGAUAGAAUGAAUGUAAUUUCUCUUAUUUUUGAAUAAUGCCUAAAGUAAUUUAAUAUCACUUGUAUUUUCACUUUGUAUGGUUUUGUUAAAGAUAUUAAAAGUGCCAAAUUUCAACGGUGUGUGAUGCUGGAGAGGGUACUGAUCCAGAUUAAAGUCUGUGCUGCUGUACGUCUUGACUGAAAGCUCUGAAUCCUGAUAUGAUUAAGCUUCUUUGCUGUUUUUUUCAUGAUUCAAUUUUCUCAUAAUUUCAGUGUUUAAACAAGAUUUAAAAAAAAAAAAACCACACACUUCAAAGAGUCCAGGCACCAGUUCAGAGUAAAUCUGACCUUAAGUCAGACAAAAAGUGAUGCCCCUGCAGGUGAGACAUACAGGAAGUGUGGGGGAUUUAUUUGUUAAUAAAAGAAGAAGAAAUUAUAAGGCUUGCCUUCCAAGUGUCUCUAAUGCAUUUUGGAAAAGGAUUAAAUGUCACAUGGCGUAGGUAGAAUAUCUUUGCCAGUGCAAUCUCCUGCACAGCAGCUCUGUUUUCUAUGUGAGGAUGUUGAGAAUAUGUGUUUUUUUUUUCUUCACUGUAAAUACUUAAAUACUGUAAAUGCUCAUCUACUGCUGAAAUGCAAGUGUGCAAAUGUUAUGUACUGGAUGUGUUUGGAAAAAUUUUGUCAGUGUAACUAUACUGUUUAUAUUUUUUAGACUUUUUAAAAUAAAUUAUUCAUAUGGAAGUAACACGUA